UUUAUCGCAUUACUUUAUUAUGUGUUUGAGUUCAGACGCAAAACUAAUAACCGUAUGAGUAUGAAAUGUCCCGGAUCAGCUACACUUCGGUUUAUAUUUGUAUAUAAUCCGGUUUAUUAAGUGGUGGUUGUUUUAAAGACACUGUAGACAAACACAGACGUGUUAAGCUAAACCGAGGCCCUUUAACUGGUUUAUUAUUUACACCACGUUUCCUUUUUGUCGGGGUUGUGAAAGAUGCACGCGCUGGUUUAAUGUCCGUAAUAUUAUAUCUCAACUUAACUGAAAUAAAGUGUAUCUUAAGCGUCUAAAAUGUUUUAUUCUGCAGUCAGUAAUCCUUCACGUCUUACCUUAACAUUCCACCGGCUACACACGCGCGCGGAGUUGUUACUUGUACGUCAUCUUUAGGCGACUCGCUCCGCCUCUCUCUAGCAGAGCGCCUGUUUCAGGGAAUGUUACGUCAUCAACAAUCGACGCAUAAACGUUCCGUUUGGUCAUAUGACCAGAACUAUGCACUUAUCUGAGUGAGUUUGUGCAGUGGAGCUGAAAUAAGGAUUCUUUACCGGGAGAUAUGUUUGCGUUUUACAAAAAGCGAAGUUUGUUUCAACGAUGAGAGGCUUGUAGAAACUAACCGGCGCUGAGAAAGUGUGUGUGUGUGUGUGUGUGUGUGUGUGUGUGUGUGUGGACGGAGGAGUGAAAAAGAAAGUAAGAAAAUGAAAAGAGAGAGAGAGAACACAACGGUGCAGAGUGAAGGUGGAUAUCAGCCUGGUGGAGAUGAAGAUGAGACAGCAGCACUGCUGGAACAGGAUGUUCGGGUCUCCACGGGUUCCUCCUUCACAUUCUCUGUGUUUAAUCUGAUGAACGCCAUCAUGGGAAGCGGGAUCCUGGGACUAGCCUACGCCAUGGCCAGCACCGGCAUCGUGGGCUUCAGUAUUUUGUUGUUGCUGGUCUCCAGUUUGGCCGCCUGCUCCAUCCACCUCCUGCUCACACUGUGUGACCAGACAGACGUGACCUCGUAUGAAGGACUGGGAGAGAGAGCCUUCAGCAAAGCCGGAAAGGUGCUGGUGGCGUGUACCAUCCUGAUCCAGAAUAUUGGUGCCAUGGCUUCUUACAUGUUCAUCCUAAAGAUAGAGCUUCCUCCCACCAUCAGCGGCUUCCUGGGAGCAGAGCAUUCUGGUGUGUGGUAUGAGAACGGUGUGGUGUUAUUGAUCCUGGUCACGGUGUGUGUGGUGUUUCCUCUCGCUCUGCUGCCCAAAAUUGGUUUCCUGGGUUACAGCAGCAGUCUGUCGUUCUUCUUCAUGCUGUUUUUUGCCGUAGUGGUGGUGGUGAAGAAAUGGUCAGUUCCAUGUCCACUGCCCAACAACUCCACUCUCACUCUGCAGAUCUCUAACUCGUCUGUGUCUGACUGCAGCGCUCGUCUCUUCAUCUUCUCCAGUAAGAGCGCGUAUGCCGUCCCCACUAUGGCGUUCUCCUUCUUGUGUCACACUGCAAUCCUGCCCAUUUACUGUGAGCUCCAGCGACCCACUAAGCGGAGGAUGCAGAACGUGGCCAAUGUGAGCAUCUCUCUCAGCUUCCUGGUCUACCUGGUCUCCGCCCUCUUCGGCUACCUCACCUUCUACGGUCAGGUGGACUCUGAGUUGUUGCGAGGGUACGGUGUUUACCUGCCACGUGAUGUGUUGGUGAUGUCGGUGCGUCUUGCGAUCCUAUUGGCCGUGCUGCUCACUGUGCCGCUCAUCCACUUCCCCGCCCGUAAAGCGGUGUUAACAUUAUUCAGAGGAGAGAGACCCUUCUCCUGGCUGUCUCACUGUGUCUCCACAUUUGUCCUCCUCCUGAUCAUCGAGCUGCUGGCCAUCUACGUCCCCGACAUCAGGAACGUCUUCGGAGUCGUGGGUUCCACUACCUCAACCUGCUUGCUGUUUGUGUAUCCCGGUCUGUUUUAUUUGCGUGUCAGUAAUGACCACAUCAGAUCUUUCACAUCAAUCGGGGCUGUUGCUCUCGUGAUAUUUGGUGUGUUUGUGGGUUUGCUGAGUCUGUCAGUCAUCAUCGUUUCCUGGGCACAGGCAUCCUGACCUUGACCUUUUGACCUCUGACCUCUGCUUCCAGUCCUGCAAACAUUUGCACAGUUACAUCAACACUGAACAGAUACAUUUAAAGAGGAACUAUUUUGAGUGGAACAUACAGUUUACACUUAAUUGGACAGGGGGACAGUUAUUACUGUAACACAGAGAAAGCUUUACGCGAUUAGACAUAGCGACCGAUAUUUCCUCAGCACAGUUUACAAUCUUAGACAAGGGGACAAUUAUUACUGUAACACACAGCGACAGGGGGAGCAUUAUUACUGUAACACACAAUUAUAGGGGACCAUUAUUACUGUAACACACAGCGACAGGGGGACCAUUAUUACUGUAACACACAGCGACAGGGGGACCAUUAUUACUGUAACACAGUGACAGGGGACCAUUAUUACUGUAACACACAGUGACAGGGGACCAUUAUUACUGUAACACACAAUUACAGGGGACCAUUAUUACUGUAACACACAGUGACAGGGGACCAUUAUUACUGUAACACACAGUGACAGGGGGACCAUUAUUACUGUAACACACAGUGACAGGGGACCAUUAUUACUGUAACACACAAUUACAGGGGACCAUUAUUACUGUAACACACAGUGACAGGGGACCAUUAUUACUGUAACACACAGUGACAGGGGGACCAUUAUUACUGUAACACACAGCUUUACCAAAGAUGUUUUGGCUAGGAUCAAGAUAUAAUAUACGAUUAUAUAUAUAACAACAUCUUUAUAAAGGAGUAAAUUAUUUAUACAUCAAUGUUAUUGAACCUUAUGUGUUGAAUAUUGAAGUAAAUGCCACUGAUUAUUAUUGCACUAAAUAAAUAUUGCACAUUGCAAAAAUGUA